AUGGAUGAGAUCGCCCCCGAAUACGAUGUUGUCGUCCUUGGAACAGGUCUGACAGAAUGCGUGCUUUCUGGUGUUCUCAGUGUGAAGGGCCAGAAGGUGCUGCACAUUGACCGAAAUGACCAUUAUGGCGGCGAGGCUGCUUCAGUCAACAUCGAGGCUCUCUUUAAGAAAUACGGAAACUAUAACAAAGGGGAGGAGCCAUGGAAGAAGUACGGACGGGUCAACGACUGGAACAUUGAUCUCGUACCCAAGUUCCUGAUGUCCUGCGGCGAAUUGACGAAUAUCCUCGUGUCCACCGACGUUACAAGAUACCUAGAAUUCAAACAAGUUGCUGGCAGCUACGUGCAGCAAGGCGCCGGUGCAAAGGCCACCGUUGCCAAGGUUCCCUCAGACGCUGGUGAGGCUCUGAGAUCCUCAUUGAUGGGGAUCUUCGAGAAGAGGCGUAUGAAGUCUUUCAUUGAAUGGGUCGGCACAUUCAACUUGGCCGAUUCUGCAAGUCACAAGGGCCUCAACAUUAGCACUUGCACCAUGAAGGAUGUAUAUGACAAGUUCGGACUCGAGGCCACAACCCGGGAUUUUAUCGGCCAUGCUAUGGCUCUUUACCAAACCGACAGCUACUUGAACGAGGAGGGCCGGGCCCCCGAGAGCAUCGAGCGAAUCCGCCUUUACGGAAACUCUGUGGCCAGAUACGGAAAGUCCCCAUACAUCUACCCUCUCUACGGCCUCGGCGAGCUACCACAAGGCUUUGCCCGUCUGUCCGCUAUCUACGGUGGAACAUACAUGCUCAACACCAAUAUCGAUGAGAUCCUGUACGAUGGCUCAAAGGCCAUUGGGAUCAAAGCCACCAUGCAGGACAGGGGCGGCGAUGAGCCGAUGAAGUUCGAGACCAAGUGCAAAAAGUUCAUUGCCGAUCCUUCCUACUUCCCUGGCAAGGCUCGGGUUACUGGACAGCUCUUGAAGGCCAUCUGCAUCUUAAACCAUCCUCUUGCCGGCACGGAUAACUGUGAUUCGGCUCAGUUGAUCAUUCCCCAAUCCCAGGUUGGCCGAAAGCACGAUAUCUAUAUCGCUGUCGUUUCAAGCGCCCAUAGUGUCUGUCCUAAGGGCUACUACAUCGCGAUAGUCUCGACCAUUGCCGAGACCUCAGCCAACCACCACCUCGAACUAGCAGCCGGCUUCGAGCGCCUUGGAAAGAUCGAGGAGAAGUUCAUGGGUCCACCAAUCCCUCUCUAUGAGCCUCUCGAGAGCGGCGUAAACGACAACAUUUUCAUCUCCAAGAGCUACGACGCUACGAGCCACUUCGAGACUACGACUGACGAUGUUAAGGAUAUUUAUCGUCGGGCUGAGGGUCAAGAGCUUGUUGUUGAGGGACUGAGAGAGGGUACGAAUCUUGUGGGCGAUGAGUAA